AAUCCAAAGAAUUAGAAAUUCAUUUCCUCAAAAAAAAAAAAAAUAAAUUUAUCCAUCAUUUUCAUCUGUUCUUUGAUCUGUUCGUCUUCUCUUUCUCUGCAAUUCUUAUAGUUUUGAGGCUUUCGAUCCUUCCAUUGAUCUGAGAUUUUUCACAAUCCAGGGCUUUCCAAGCUAUGUUCAAAUUCUGGGGUUCACCAGGGCAACAAGCUCAGCCACAUCCACAAGAGGGUGCGUCAAAUUCCUGGUAUCCUCCUCCUGUUGGUAGCUCCCCAAAUUCUACCCAGCCUCCAUCACCAAGUAACAGUUCUAAUAGUGUUAGUUAUCAGAGGCCUAUGGAUCGGCCACAGUCUCCAUCUCAUGUUUCACCUGCUGAAGCUCCAGGCGUCAUUGCCCUCUUGAAGGACAAAAGUGUUGAUGAGUUACGUAAGCUUCUGUCUGACAAGGAUGCAUAUAAUCAAUUUUUACUCUCAGUUGACCAGGUUAAAAUUCAAAACAAUAUACGAGAUGAACUUCGCAAGGAGACUUUGCAGCUUGCUAGGUCGAAUUUGGACAAGGAACCACGAAUAAUGGAACUUCGAAACCAGUGCAUGAUCAUCCGAACAACAGAGCUGGCUGCUGCUCAGGAAAAAUUUAGUGAGCUCGAAAAACAGAAGGAAGACAUAAUGAAGUUCUAUUCCCCUGCAUCGAUUCUUCAUAGGCUUCAUGAGGCAAUGAACAAGAUAGAGGAAGAAUCAGAAGCAUUGCACAGACAGUUACUUGACAGAGAGAUAGACCUCGGAACAUUUGUGCACAAGUACAAGAAACUCCGCACUACUUACCACCGGCGAGCACUAAUUCAACUCGCCGCUAAAACAUCUUCAAUUGGAUGAAAUUUGUGUAUGGGUUUAGUUGACACUCUAUCCUAUGUAUCUAGCAGUAUACUUGUUAUACAACUCAUGGUUUUAGAUUAUACCAAUUUACUUUUCAUUUUUUCACCUUUCUCAUCUUCGGUUGUAAAUAUCUCAUAUCCCUAGUCUAAACAGAUUAAUUUAGUGCCAACAUUGUUCUAAUAAUCUUAAAUCAGCUAA